AUGUUUAUUCUUGUUCUAAUCGCUUCUAUUAUAUCAUUGAUUAAUGCUGCAGCCAUAGUUUCUCGCUCGCAGUCUUACCCAUCAUCUCAACCCGCUGUACUCGGUCCUAAAACCAGACUGACCAUAGGUAAUAAGGUUAUCGCUCCUGAUGGUUUCGAACGCUCAGCAACUCUUGUCGAUGGGGUAUUCCCUGGACCCUUGAUUGCAGCCCAGAAGGGAGAUGACUUUGCCAUUGAGGUAGUUAACGAACUCCAGGACGAGUCGAUGUUCAUGAGUACCAGCGUCCACUGGCAUGGUCUUUACCAGAACGGAACGAACUAUGCCGAUGGGGCGUCCUCCGUCACACAAUGCCCCAUUGCCCAGAAUCACUCCUCUCUACACACUUUCUCCGCCCCAAAUCAAGCAGGCACUUACUGGUAUCACAGUCAUUAUUCCGUCCAAUAUUGUGAUGGUCUGAGGGGCCCCCUGGUAAUUUAUGAUCCUCAUGACCCUUUGGCACAUAUGUACGACAUCGAUGAUGCAAGUACCGUGGUCACACUUUCAGACUGGUAUCAUACUGUGGCCACCGUCUUGCGCUACGUCAUAGGUCAUAAUGCCAGCUCUUCGCUUAUCAAUGGACUCGGUCGAUAUGAUGGCGGACCCAUGUCUGCUCUUGCUGUGAUUACUGUUGAGCAGGGAAAGCGUUAUCGCAUGCGCCUGAUUUCAAUGUCGUGCGAUCCCAACUUCCAGUUCUCCAUCGAUGGCCACAACCUAACCGUCAUCGAAGCGGAUGGAGAGCUGACCGAACCUUUGUUGGUAGAUCAGCUCCAGAUUUUCGCGGGUCAGCGUUACUCUGUGGUUCUGGCUGCCGACAAACCGGUGGAUAAUUACUGGAUACGCAAUCUUCCUAAUACAGCGAACGCUUCCUACGAGGGAGGAACGAACUCUGCUAUCCUGCGCUACAAAGGCGCCCCCGAGGUCGAACCGGCUACCGUCAAUACCGCACCCACAAACUCAUUGGCAGAGACCAACCUGCACACUCUGAUCAAUCCUGGUGCUCCUGGCAUUCCAGAGUAUGGAAAAGCAGAUAUCAACCUCAACCUGGAGGUUUCCGUCGUCGAUGGAAUCUUCUAUGUCAAUAAUGUCACAUUCAAACCACCCACCGUUCCUGUUCUACUCCAAAUUCUCAGCGGAGCUCAAGAACCCUCUCAGCUGCUCUCAAAUGGGAGCGUCAUCGUUCUCGAGGCCAACAAAGUGGUAGAGCUGACGUUUUCAACAACCGGACUAGGUGCACUUCAUCCACGAUGGAAGAAUUUUAUCGACAGGCUCACCACUGAAUGGAAUGGAUACACGAUAUAUGUGAGUUAUAUUGUGUUUCGUAUUAUCACGCAAUCAAUGACCAAUCUCAGUCCACUGUGA